AUGUCUUCUCGAACAGAGUCCGUCAGCAACACCCUCGCAUCUGCUAUCGCCAACCUCGAAAAGGACCAAGAACUUCGCAAGCAAGUCAAAGAGUCGCUCGAACCCAUCGAGGAUCUUGCUCGAUCUGCGUGGAGCACCGUCAACAAAAUACACUCUGCUCCCUCUACCCAGCACGCGGCGAUCUGCGAAAAGUCGUUGGAGAUCACCAGGGACAUCAAGCCUCUAUGGGCCAGUGUCGCCAGCUUGAUCCCUGAGGGUGAAUUUCACAGAUACUCCUAUGCUAUCGGCCCCAUCAACCGCUCCCUUACCCAGACCAUCGUCUUCUCUCGAUUUAUGCUUUUCGACGAGCUGACACCAGCUUUCACCGUUUCGGACCUCAUUGGAUUGGAACAAGAUACCACCAAAAACCUUAUACUGUCCGCUGAAGAUUACCUUCAAGGUGUAAUAGGCGCUGUCAACGAACUCCCUCGUCUGUCCAUCAACGCCGUCACCUCCCAGAACUUUGACUUGCCCGUCAAGAUUUCGGCUUUCGUCAAUGAUAUCUUUUCCUCUUACUCCCUUCUGAACUUGCGAAAUGAUGCUCUCCGCAGGCGCUUCGACUCGCUGAAGUACGACCUCAAGAGAUGUGAAGAUGUCGUCUAUGAUCUGACCUUGCGAGGUCUCGCUCCUGCGCCCAAGGCUUAG